AAUCUUCAAAAAUAAAUUCUAGUAAACAAUGAAUGGCCUUAAUAUUUUAAGAACUGCUAUCCUCAAUCCAUCUUUGAAGUGUAUUCCUACCACCAAUUUGAUUGCCAAAAGGUUCAGAAGACCUUCAAUAUGUGCUUACUUGGACUAUCCUGAUAGGAAGCCGUGCUUCGACAUAUGCAACACGAGGAUAAUACGCGGAGACCAAUCAACAGGAGCCAACAUCCACCCGUUUCUCUACGAACACUACUGGACUAGGGAACCUAGCGUCUGUUCAUUAUGGAUGCACUUAGAUAAUGACUACAUUAGGAUCAUGAGCGAUAAGUUCUCUUAUACUGGCGAUCGAUUCUUAGCCAUGGAACCUAUGGACCGAACAGGAGAAUGCAAACUAGUUGGCGUUCUCGUCGCCAACAAGAUCUUUCCCUGGGAGCCGAGGGAGCUAGAGGAAUGGGGUGAUGCCACACCCUCGGUGCCAGAGCGGAGCCGCAUGUACUUCUACUCGCACUGCUACAACAGCUCCAACUUGUGGAAGAAGUACAACGUGGAUUAUAUUUACGAGAUCGAGGUGUUAACGACAGCUUCAGAAGUGACCAGCCAGGGUGUAGCGACGUUGUUACUGAAGUACGUUCUUAAAGAAGCCCUGCUGUUGCGACAUCCGCUCAUACAAGUCAUAUCUACUAGUGCUUACGUUGAUAAAGUAUGUGAGCGUUGCGGAAUGAAGAAGGAAUGGUCUAUGCACUUCGCCGACUUCGUAGAUUCCUUCGGUCAGAGCAUAUUCUACCCUCGCCCUCCUCAUCUCGACUGCAAUAUCUACAUUAAGAAGUUCGACCAGAAGGAGGCGGCUGCGUUGCCGUGCUUACCAGAAGUAUGGUAA